AUGAUCCGAUACCGGUUCCGACCUCAUAUAGUGGAUGGAGCUGUGACUGUACGCAGUGAUCGUUCAGACGAGGGCUGUGAUUCCAACGGAGUAGCCCAGCCGAGUUCCAGAGAGACUGCUGAUGGCCCAGGUGGUGAUUCCACUCUCCUGACGGAUACCGUUAAGCUGACGGAUUCAUUAAACCUGACGGAUUCCGUUAGCUUAGAUUUGUCUCCUGGCGAGGAGUGGCGGCACAUUCAGAUUGACGCCGGCAAGUGCUUCCGGGAGCAGGUGCUGCGGUGGUUCGUGCGCUGCAAGAUACCCACCAUUGACGCGCUGAUUCUCACGCAUGAGCAUGCUGACGCCAUACUGGGCCUGGAUGACGUCAGAGGGCUGCAGCGCAUCCCCCGCCAUGCAGCAGACCACGUGGAGCCCCUCUCCGUCUUCCUCUCCCGCCGCUGUAUGGCCAGGUGCGAGCAGCACCGCUGCAUGGCCAGAAUUUACGUACCUGUGUUUUCCCGCCUCAUGACGUUCAUGAGUUUCGUCACUCCCCUUCCUGUUCAACAUGGAGAGGACUACAUAGCACUGGGGUUUGAGUUUGGCAGCCAUGAGCGUGUGGUGUACAUGUCAGAUGUCUCAAGGAUCCCCGACACCACGCUCGCCUACUUGAAAGCCAGGCAGCAGCUUUUGGGUCGAAUUCACAUUCUCGUUAUUGACUCACUCUAUUUUGAUCACCCGCAUGCAACUCAUUUUCAUCUUCCUCAGACCCUGGAUGCAAUCCGAAGUUUGAGACCAAAUAAUGCCUUUAUCGUUGGCAUGACUCAUGAGUUUGACCACCACAAACCGGCCGCUCUCCGCUGCGACGCGGAUUCCGCGUUCCUCUGUGCGACGUGCGACGCGGCGGUGCACUCGGCGAACUUCAUCGUGCUCCGCCACUCGCGCCACCUGCUCUGCGCGCUCUGCAGCAGCCCCACCAGCUGGGAGGCGCCCUCGCCGUUCCAUCAACCCGCCGCUGCGGCGCAGACGCAGGUUCUGUGCGACUCGUGUCUAGCCGUCGGCGCGGUUAGCGGCAUUACCGGAAACGCGGUUUUCCACACCCCGUGCGCGAUGAGCGCGAGCAUGGCUGCGUCGCUUCUCCCCCUCCACACAUACGCAGCCGCCCUUUCUAGCUCUGCGUUCGUCCCGUCGCCCCCGUUGAACGUCGCACCUGAAUCGCAGUCUCUCGCCAAGCGUCACAAGGCCAACAUGGAAGAUCUUUUGGCGUUUUCCCGGUACCCUCCCCACGCAAAACUUUCGCAGAUGCAAUCUCAGCAGCAGCAGCUCCCUUCGCUGCUACUGGCAGGAGCAACCCUGUCGCAGAACAGCCUGGGUACAGCCAAUCAGGGACAGCACCAUUGCCCCUUAUCCUCCUCUUCCUCCUCCUCGUCGCCUCCGGAGACCCUCCAGCUAUUCCCAACGGCAACUCCGAGCGAAGGAGCGACAGAGAGUGCUGUUGUAACGCCUUCGUUGACUAACGGAACUCUUUCGCAACAGCAGCCCGCACUCGCCCAUGCUUGCGCGGUUGCCGACGCAGCGGGUGUCGUUCCAGAUCUAAACGAAUCCCUCUGCAACGAGAAUCAAACCGUACCUGACGCCGCCACGGGAAAGCGACAGCGGCAGGAGGAGCAAGUAGCGGGUGAGACGCAGAACGUCUUGGGGGGAAGCUGUGCGGACGGGCAGGGUCGGAAUGUUCUUGGGCAGCUUGCAGCUGCCCGACUGAAGCGUGUUCUCUCCUCCUGGUAUGCCAGGCUGGCGCUCCGUGGGCCCCACGUGUCCGAUCUGGCGUUUCACAUCUUCCAGAAGGUUCUGCGAAAGCUCCAGCCUGGCCGGGUGGCAGCCGACUCGCUGAGGGUGACGCUAGCGGCGUGCAUGUGGACGGCCGCUAAGCUAGACGACAACCAGAAGACGCUGCCUAGGGCGUCUGACGUGGCAGCAGUUGCCCGCGCGCCAGCAAAGCGCCUGCAGGCUGCUGAGCUGGAGGUGAUGAAACUGGUGGAUUGGAGGCCCCUGGAGGGGUUCACCGGGUUUCAGGAAUGA